AUGGAUGAUGACCUGACGCUCAAUUUGUUCUGUCCCGAGAUUAAACAAAAAAUAGUACCUGAAAAAGCGAAAGAAAACGUCUGGAGAGGCCGACAAGAUAGGAUCAGGGAAAGAAGGCUAUUAAAGGAACGGGCAAAAUCCAUCAACAAAGCGAAAGUUUCUGCUAACGACGAACACAUUGACUAUACCACAUAUCAUCAAAGUGAUGCCACUUCGACGAUAACAACCAAUGAAACUAAUGAUGAUGAUCAUAAACCAAAGAAAGUCAGGACAAAACGUAAAAACGAUGGAUCGGAAAACUUCGUCCCUGUUCCUGCUAAAAAACAUAAACAAGAUGGGGUUCAUUUCUCUUCCCUUUUCAAAUCUAACCCAGAAAUCCCGACCAUCAACACGAAACCUGUAGAUUCUAUUAAAGAAGAAGUUUUUUCUGCCGACUCGUUUGAAAGUCUCUCUCUGGACACGUAUAUGCUUCGGAACCUUCGAGACAAUAUGAAGUUUACUAAAAUGACAAACGUACAACAGCAGGCCAUCCCACCUAUUUUAAAGGGUGUCGACACACUCGUAAAAUCACAAACCGGUACAGGUAAGACUCUAGCUUAUGCCAUCCCUAUUGUACACACCUUACAGUCGAUCCGCCCAAAAAUCAAGCGGGUUGACGGUGUUUUUGCUAUUGUAAUUGUGCCAACACGUGAGCUUGCCCUCCAAAGCUUCGAAACGUUUCAGAAAUUAGUCAAGCAGUAUCAGUGGAUCGUUCCUGGUUGUACAAUUGGCGGCGAAAAACGUAAAGCUGAAAAGGCUAGGGUACGGAAAGGAAUUAAUAUUUUGUUGGGCACCCCGGGUCGCCUCGCCGACCACGUUCUACACACUAAAAGUUUGCACUUCUCAAAACUUCGAUAUCUCAUUAUCGAUGAAGCUGAUCGACUCUUUGAUAUGGGUUUCGAAAAUGAUGUUAAAUUAAUCAUAGAGAUGAUUAAGGAGAAAGUAGUCACAAAACAGACUGUCCUUUUGUCGGCUACGCUAACAGAUGGAGUUGAAAAGUUAGCUGGAAUGUCGCUUGUGUCUCCCCUGAGGAUCGAUGCAUCUCAGGAAGAAACGACCGACGGUGUUGGCCCAAGCAGUGAAACACAAAAUAUUAGCACCGGGAACGAAAAUCAUGAAGGAUGCCUUUCCUUUUCAGUACCUGAAAAACUCAAGCAGCUUUUUUUAGUGACGCCUUGCAAAUUACGUUUGGUGUCUUUGAUUGGCUUAAUUGCUGACAAAUGCGUCAUAUCGAAUCAGAAAUCAAAAAUAAUUAUUUUCCACUCAACACAGGACUCUGUUGAAUUUCAUUACCGCCUAUUCUCUGAUUUGUUCCUUAAAGACAAUGAAGCUGUUUCAGACAUCCAAGCUUUGUUGGCCGGUCAAAAUUCUCAGCAGAAAACCAAACCCGAAAAGUUGAUGGGGAAAUUACAAGAAUUUAGUAUAAACGUUUCGAAUAAUCCGUCCCUAACUUACUACCCAGGUGGAUAUGUGACAGGAUGCGUUAUAAUUAAAUUGUCAGAAGCUAAGAAAUUUAGAGGUCUUUCUGUGAGUCUGGUUGGUGAAGCUCAUGUUAAGUGGGAGGAAACUCGUUCAGAAGGAACAGGUGAAAACUCGACAACUACUACAGAAACUUAUUCUAAUCAUGAAAAAUAUAUUGAUCAGAAAGUUAUUCUUUAUGGAUCAGGACCUGAAUCCAGUGGGAACAAUGUCGAACUAUCAGCACGGCAACAUGAAUUUCCAUUUCAAUUUACUCUGCCAAUGAACAUUCCUCAUUCAUUUAAAGAUAAAUAUGGUCGCAUUGAAUAUUAUCUAAAGGCAGUUAUUGACAAAGCAUGGGGAUUUGAUAAUAAAUGUAAGCUUCCACUGAAUGUCACUGGCACAUUAAAUUUGGACACUGUUCCUAAUGCUAAGGUGCCAGCACAAAAUCAAGCAACCAAACAUUUUUGUUGUUGGUGUUGCAAAUCUGGACCAUUGUCAGCAAUGGUUCGUUUGGACCGGACAGGUUAUUUACCAGGUGAAAAGAUGGUCAUUAAUGCAGAAAUUACAAAUUUAACAAAUCGGACUGUUUCUCAAUCUAAAGCAUCACUUCAAAUGAAGAUUGUUUAUUAUGCUACAACGGGAACAAAAAGGUGUACAACUGAGAUUGCUAGUCUAAAAAAAGGUUCCAUUAAAGAAGGAGAGAGUGAUAUCUGGAAUGGAGAAUUGUUAGAAAUACCUUCUGUUGUCCCAUCUAAUCUUGAACAUUGCAGUAUUAUUGACAUUGAAUACACAUUAAAUUUUUCCAUUUCCUGCUUUGGAGCAAUGGACUUAAAACUUCCCCUCAAAAUCAUAAUUGGGGCACAACCUGGUGUAACUAGAGGAACAAGCACAAUUAUCUAUCUAUCUAUCUAUCUAUCUAUCUAUCUAUCUAUGUUCCCUCUUUUUCAGUUCACUAUCACUGGAAGGAUUAAUGGUCUUUCAAUUCUUCCGUUGCUUUUUCGAAUUCUUCAUACAACUGCAGGUCCAAUAAUUAGCCACAUUUCUCCCGCGCUUUUCUCGGCUUCAAUUCUUUCUCUUCCAUUUCACCUCUAUCAAAUACAUUGUUUGUGCAGCUGCAUAUUGCAACAGUUCUUCACUGCUCACCUAGUAGAGUGUGCCAGAGACCCCCUCGGUAACCUUCGAGAGAGUCAACCAAAUUUAUCAGACCUCGCCCUCCAUCAGAUCUCUUCAUGUAAAUUCUGCCGAUGUUAG